UAUAUGGAAAUCCGCAUAAUUAAAUAAAUCCUUCAUUUUCCUGCUUUUCGUUGGCCCCGCUGACGCUGCUGGAAACCCUAGUUCGAACAUCCAUGUGAAUUGUAAUGCUUGCCAUUCUUCGAUUUUCUGCUUCCUCAGAGUAAUUCCAUUUGUAAAGCGCGCUUCUUGAUUUUGGAUCUUGGAUUAAUGCUUGCUGUUUGAAUUUGUAUCGUGUCGUUGAAAUCUUCUCGUACGUUGAAAGGGAACAACUGGAUCUUCGUUAUUGAUCAUCACAUUGUGGUACUUCAUACAUAUACAACAGUCUGAACUAAAUUUUGUCAUUUGUGAACUCAUGGCUGGCUUUUUGCCGGGUGAUGUCACUUGUAAUGGAACACAUGGUUUCCAAAGACACCCUGAGAUGUCAGUGCAUGGCCCUGGUUGGUAUUUUACUAGGAAGGAGAUUGAAGAAAAUUCACCAUCCAAACGAGAUGGCGUAGAUUGGAAGAAAGAGAUGUACUUUCGUAAAUCAUACUGCACGUUCCUACAAGAUUUAGGCAUGAGACUUAAAUUGCCUCAGGUAACCAUUGCUACAGCAAUAAUUUUUUGUCAUCGAUUCUUCCUUCGUCAUUCUCUUGCAAGGAAUGAUAGGAAGACCAUUGCAACAGCGUGCAUGUUUCUUGCUGGGAAAGUCGAAGAAACUCCUCGCCCUUUGAAAGAUGUAACUCUUGUCUCGUAUGAAAUUACAAACAAGAAGGACCAUGAAGCAGCUCAAAGAAUCAAACAAAAGGAGGUAUACGAACAGCAGAAAGACUUGAUCUUAGCUGGAGAGAGGAUUGUCCUUCAAACUCUAGGUUUUGAUUUUAAUCUGCUCCAUCCUUAUAAACCUCUUGUUGAGGCUAUUAAGAAAUUUAAAGUUGCUCAAAAUGCCCUUGCUCAAGUUGCGUGGAAUUUUGUUAAUGAUGGACUUCGGACAUGUCUUUGCCUGCAAUUCCAGCCCCAUCAUAUUGCAGCAGGAGCUAUUUUCCUUGCUGCCAAGUUCCUUAAGGUGAAGCUCCCAUCAGAUGGGGAGAGGGUCUGGUGGCAAGAAUUUGAUGUUACCCCUCGGCAAUUGGAGGAAGUUAGCAACCAAAUGUUGGAGCUAUAUGAACAAAACCGAGUGCCACCUUCGAAUGACAUUGAAGGUGCUACAGGAAGUGGGACUGCUAAUCGGGCUGCUGCUAAGGUUCCUGCUAGCAAUGACGAAAAUGCAGCCACAAACAAUAAUUCUCAUACUGGAGCUACGAGUUUAAAACUUGAAACCUCAAAACCUGGAGCUUCUAAGACAGUGUUUGGGUCAUCUGGUAAUCAUGUGGGGCUUCCAGUGUCAAACCAUGGUAGAAGUACUGAUUAUGGUGGCAGAGAAAUGAAACACAGGGCAGAUGAAUCCAGCGGUAAUCAUCAUCUUGAGUGUGAAACCCUGCCACACAAGGAAAACUUACAGGAAGCUCAACACAAGUCGAGAUCUCAAUCAGGUAACGGGGAAGAGCAAGAAAGCAGUGUUGAGAGAAGUGAGAUGAAGGAGGCUGCUGAGUUGAAUGCUAAACAUGCCAACAGAGAUCCUGAUCACAGGGAUAGUACAUUUGGGCAGCCACCUCAAGAAGCUAUUAAAAAAAUUGACAGAGACAGGGUAAAGGCAGCACUAGAGAAACGAAGGAAAACAUCUGGUCAUAUAACUAAGAAAACAGAGGUUAUGGAUGAUGACGAUCUCAUUGAGAGGGAACUGGAGGAUGGAAUUGAAUUGGCUGCUCAGAGUGAAAAGAACAAGCAGGAUAGGAGUCAGAUCUGGUCUAAACCCUCAGAUAGAUCGAAUAAUGGGAAUUUGCUGCUUGGAAGGCACCAAGAUCAUGCAGAUGAGCAUCUUCAGGGAGUAAAGAGCUUGGCAUCAUCUGAACCUGAUCUAAGUACCAUUGAAGAAGGGGAGGUAUCAGCACUUGAUGACAUUGGUUCUGGACUUCAAUCACCCAAGUCAGGCAACCGCAAGAGAAAAGCUGGAAGCUCACCUGACAGGGAAUUGGAAGGAAGACCUCAUAGCCCUUAUUAUUCCUUUGAUUAUGCGGAAGAUCGAAACAAGGUCAGCCAGCUCAGUCAUUCUGAGGGGGACAAUUAAAGGCAUUUGCAGGAAUAUCAUGCUUGAGGCUACCUUGCUUAUUAUGCGUCGGUUGUAGUUGUGCUGAAAUCUCCUGGCGAAAGAAAUUCACUUUAAUGACAUAACUAUAAAACUUCUUCCACUUGGUUGGUUGGACCAUCAGUGGUCUUGUUCUAUUUAUUUACCUGGUCCUCAUCUUAUGGGUGAACAAGAAAUUUUGUAUAGUGAGGCAUAUAUGGAUGAAAGAUGGAAUUGAAGAAGGCCAUUUUUUCAAUGUUUUUGUUGAUUAUUUCUGUGAAAUAAUAGUGACUGCCAUGAUGGUGGUGAUGAUGAUUA